GCAGCGGCGGCUUCGCUCGGCUCAGGGCAGGCGAGCGGCCACAGGCGCUGCCGAGCCGGGAGAUACGGCGGGCGCUGCCGACUCGGGGCAUCCUUCCUCUUCCUCCCCGCCCCCUGCCCGCCCUUCCCCCUUUUCUUUCUCUCCUUCCCCACUGUCCGCCGGGGCCGAUCGCUGUCGGCGGCACGAUCCCGGGGCGUUUCCGCGGCGCCCGAGCCGGCAGCGGCCGCGGGGAGAGCCGGUGCCUGCCCUGCCCGGCCGGGACUGAGGGACACCCCGCUCCGUCCGGGGCUCGGCUGAGAGGGCCUGGCCCCGGCCCCGGCUCGGCUCCCCGGCGGCGGGCUCGGCGAGGAUGUCGGGCGGCGGCGGCAGCCGGGAGGAGGAGCGGCGCAAACUCGCCGACAUCAUCAACCACUGGAACGCGAACCGGCUGGACCUGUUCGAGAUCAGCGACCCCACCGAGGAUCUCGAGUUUCAUGGAGUAAUGAGAUUCUACUUUCAAGACAAAGCAGCUGGAAAUUUUGCAACAAAAUGUAUCCGUGUCUCCAGUACUGCCACAACUCAAGAUGUCAUAGAAACUCUUGCAGAGAAGUUUCGACCAGACAUGCGAAUGUUGUCAUCCCCUAAAUACUCACUUUAUGAAGUGCAUGUCAGUGGAGAAGAAAGAAGAUUAGAUGUGGAUGAGAAGCCUCUUGUUGUACAGUUAAACUGGAACAAAGAUGAUCGCGAGGGAAGAUUUGUCCUCAAGAAUGAAAAUGAUACACUUCCUCCAAAGAAAGCUCAGAGUAAUGGGCCUGAAAAACAAGAAAAAGAGGGAGUAAUUCAGAAUUUCAAGCGAACUCUCUCAAAAAAAGAAAAAAAGGAAAAAAAGAGGCGUGAAAAAGAGGCAUUGCGACAAGCGUCAGAUAAAGAUGACAGACUUCUUCAUGGGGAUGAUAUUGAGAAUUUUCGCCUUGCAGCUGAGGUUUACAAAGAUAUGCCUGAGACUAGCUUCACUCGCACAAUAUCCAAUCCUGAGGUGGUUAUGAAACGGCGACGACAGCAAAAACUAGAGAAGAGAAUGCAGGAGUUUCGCAGUUCUGAUGGCAGGCCAGACUCAGGUGGGACGCUGAGAAUUUAUGCAGACAGUUUAAAACCAAAUAUACCGUACAAGACAAUCCUGCUGUCCACUACAGAUACUGCAGACUUUGCAGUUAUUGAAGCGCUGGAAAAAUAUGGCCUGGAAAAAGAAAAUCCCAAGGAUUAUUGUAUUGCUCGUGUCAUGCUGCCGCCUGGUGCUCAGCACUCCGAUGAUAAAGGUGCUAAAGAAACUAUUCUUGAUGAUGAUGAGUGUCCACUGCAGAUAUUCAGGGAGUGGCCUAGUGAUAAAGGAAUACUGGUGUUUCAGUUGAAAAGGCGGCCUCCUGAUUAUGUCCCAAAGAAAACCAGGAAGAUCGCUGAUGGAAAGCCAUUGAAGGGGAAGGAAAGAGUUGACGGGUCUGGCUAUGGCUCUUGCCUUCCUCCUGAGAAACUACCAUACCUGGUAGAAUUAAGCCCAGGGAGAAGGAAUCACUUUGCCUGCUACAACUAUCACACUUACGAAGAUGGUUCUGACUCCAGAGAUAAGCCAAAGCUCUAUCGCCUACAAUUAAGUGUCACUGAAGUUGGAACUGAAAAAUUUGAUGACAAUUCGAUUCAGUUAUUUGGUCCAGGAAUUCAGCCUCAUCACUGUGACCUCACUAAUAUGGAUGGUGUUGUUACUGUAACCCCAAGAAGCAUUGAUGCUGAAACCUAUGUGGAAGGUCAGCGUAUUUCAGAAACCACCAUGCUGCAAAGUGGAAUGAAGGUUCAGUUUGGGUCUUCCCAUGUAUUUAAGUUUGUGGAUCCUACUCAGGACCAUAUUAUUUCCAAAAGAUCUACUGAUGCAAGUCUUAUGGUCAAAGGUCCAAGACACAAAACUGGAACUGUCCAGGAAACCACAUUUGAUCUGGAGGGAGAUAUUCACAGUGGAACAGCAUUACCAGUAAGCAAGAGCACCAGCAGGCUGGACGGUGACAGAGCAUCAUCCGCAUCCAGCACGGCCGAGCGAGGAAUGGUGAAGCCGAUGAUUCGGAUAGACCAGCAGGAUUACCGCCGACAGGACAGCAGAUCUCAGGAUACCCAUGGACCAGAACUGAUACUGCCUGCCAGUAUUGAAUUCAGGGAAAGCUCUGAAGAUGCCUUCUUAUCUGCCAUUAUAAAUUACACAAAUAGCUCGACAGUUCAUUUUAAGCUGUCACCAACAUAUGUUUUGUAUAUGACAUGUCGGUAUGUAUUGUCCAGCCAAUACAGACCUGACAUCACUCCUGCUGAGCGUACUCACAAAGUCAUUGCAAUAGUCAACAAGAUGGUGAACAUGAUGGAAGGAGUGAUACAGGAGGUAGACCAGGUUGAUCAGAAACAGAAGAAUAUUGCUGGGGCCCUUGCCUUUUGGAUGGCAAAUGCAUCUGAACUACUCAAUUUCAUAAAGCAAGACAGAGAUCUUAGCCGAAUUACUGUGGAUGCACAAGAUGUUUUGGCACACUUGGUUCAAAUGGCAUUCAAGUACCUGGUUCAUUGUCUGCAGUCAGAGCUUAAUAACUACAUGCCAGCAUUCCUGGAUGAUCCAGAGGAAAAUAAUCCUCAGAGGCCUAAAAUAGAUGAUGUGCUGCAUACCUUGACUGGAGCCAUGUCCCUGUUGCGGCGAUGCAGAGUAAAUGCUGCUCUCACCAUACAGCUCUUCUCCCAGCUAUUUCAUUUUAUCAACAUGUGGCUUUUUAACAGAUUAGUUACAGCCCCAGAUUCAGGGUUAUGUUCACAUUACUGGGGAGCUAUCAUGCGCCAACAGCUUGGCCACAUUGAAGCCUGGGCAGAAAAACAGGGUUUGGAAUUGGCUGCUGAUUGCCACCUGAGCAGAAUAGUACAGGCAACCACAUUGCUUACCAUGGACAAAUACUCACAUGCAGAUGUUCCAAAUAUUAACAGUACUUGUUUUAAGCUGAAUUCUCUGCAGCUACAAGCCUUGUUGCAGAAUUAUCACUGUGCUCCAGAUGAACCACUCAUCCCAACAGAAUUGAUAGAGAAUGUAGUCACCGUUGCAGAAAAUACAGCUGAUGAACUUGCUCGCAGCGAUGGCCGAGAGGUCCAGCUGGAAGAGGAUCCUGACUUACAGCUACCUUUUCUCUUACCAGAAGAUGGCUAUUCCUGUGAUGUUGUCAGAAAUGUUCCAAGUGGUUUGCAAGAAUUUUUAGAUCCACUCUGUCAAAGAGGCUUUUGUAGACUAAUACCUCAUCCACGGUCACCAGGCACAUGGACAAUAUACUUUGAAGGUGCAGAUUACGAAAGUCACCUGUCCCAUGAGAAUGCUGAGCUGGCUCAGCCUUUGAGAAAAGAACCUGAAAUUAUCACUGUAACACUAAAAAAACAAAAUGGAAUGGGACUGAGCAUUGUUGCUGCCAAGGGUGCUGGUCAAGACAAACUUGGAAUAUAUGUCAAGUCUGUUGUGAAAGGAGGUGCUGCAGAUGUGGAUGGUCGUCUGGCCGCAGGGGAUCAGUUGCUUAGUGUGGAUGGUCGAAGUUUGGUGGGCCUGUCCCAGGAGAGGGCAGCAGAACUUAUGACUAGGACAGGUUCUGUAGUAACACUAGAAGUAGCAAAACAAGGAGCAAUUUACCAUGGCCUGGCAACCCUGCUUAAUCAGCCAUCCCCAAUGAUGCAAAGAGUUUUUGACCGCCGUGGCUCAGGUAAACCCCGACCAAAGAGUGAAGGUUUUGAGCUGUACAACAAUUCCACACAAAAUGGAUCACCUGAGAGUCCCCAGCUGCCCUGGACGGAGUACAGUGAACCAAAGAAGCUGCCAGGGGAUGACAGACUGAUGAAGAACAGGGCUGAUCAUCGUUCCAGUCCCAAUGUAGCAAAUCAGCCUCCAAGCCCUGGGGGAAAGAAUGCUUAUGCAUCUGGAACUACCACCAAAAUAACCUCAGUCUCUACUGGAAAUCUUUGUACAGAGGAACAGAUUCUGCCACCACGACCUGAAGCUUAUCCUAUCCCAACACAGACCUAUACUAGAGAAUAUUUCACAUUUCCAGCUUCAAAGUCACAGGAUCGAAUGGGUCCAGCUCAGAGUCAGUGGCCAAGUUAUGAAGAAAAACCACAGCUUCAGGCAGAAAGUAAUAAUUCUAUCAAUACUACCAUGCAGCGUGUAGCUCGUUCUCAGGAAGAGCUCAGAGACAAAGUUUUCCAGCCAGAGAGGAAUCGUUUGGAAGUUGUUAUACGCAAGGAUGUGGAGUACAUUGAUCGGAAGUCAGACAGCGAUCAGUGGAUGAAUUCAUCUGUGGAUUCCAGCACAUCUAGCCAGGAACAUCUGAACCAUUCCUCCAAACCAGUGUCGCCUGGUUCUUGUUUAACUAAAAGUGGACCUGGCCGUUGGAAGACUCCAGCCACUAGCCAGCCGACUCCAGUGGCCAUUUCCCAGCCCAUCAGAACAGAUCUUCCCCCUCCGCCGCCACCUCCUCCAGUGCAUUAUGCUGCUGAAUUUGAUGAACUACAAAUGGAUUUGCCUCUGCCUCCACCUCCUCCUCCAAACCAGAUAGGAGCACAAGCAUCCUCCCAGGUAGCUGCUGCUGAGCGUAAAAAAAGAGAAGAGCAUCAGAGGUGGUAUGAAAAGGAAAAGGCACGUUUGGAAGAAGAACGAGAAAGGAAACGUCGUGAGCAGGAGAGAAAAUUGGGCCAAAUGCGUUCUCAGACACUAAUGCCUACUCAGCCCAUGGUUCCUCCUGUCUCCCUUCAACAAGUGAAAUCAGAAAAGCCCUCAACUUUGCAGAGACCUCAAGAAACAGUUAUUCGAGAGCUGCAGCCCCAACAGCAGCCGCGGACUAUUGAGCGGAGAGACCUGCAGUACAUUACCAUCAGCAAGGAAGAGCUGUCCUCUGGUGACAGCCUCUCUCCAGAUCCGUGGAAACGGGAUGCGAAGGAGAAGCUGGAGAAGCAGCAACAGAUGCACAUCGUGGACAUGCUGAGUAAAGAGAUUCAGGACCUUCAGAACAAACCUGAUCGUACAGCAGAAGAAAACGACCGCCUCCGCAAACUCAUGCUUGAGUGGCAGUUCCAAAAGCGACUGCAAGAAUCAAAGCAAAAGGAUGAGGAUGAUGAUGAAGAAGAGGAUGAUGAGGUGGAUACUAUGCUCAUCAUGCAGCGACUGGAGGCAGAAAGAAGAGCAAGGCAGACUGCUGUGCCAGCAAUCUCUGUUCUAGAUUUGUUACAGGAUGAAGAACGCAGACGGCAGCAACAAUUGGAAGAAAUGCGGAAACGAGAAGCAGAAGACCGGGCCAGGCAGGAAGAGGAGCGCAGACAGCAAGAGGAGGAGCGGACCAGGAGAGAGGCUGAAGAAAAGAGGCGCCAGGAAGAGGAGUAUUACAGUCGCUUAGAGGCUGAAAGGCGCAGGCAGCACGAUGAAGCUGAGCGAAGAUUGCUGGAACCUGACGAGCCUGGUCUGUACAGACCUCCGCUUCCACGGGAAUAUGAACUCCCAUCCCCAACCCCUUCAUCUAACGCUCCUCCUCCCCCACCUCAGCGAAACACCUCUUACCUCAAAACACAGGUCCUCUCCCCUGACACGAUUUAUACUGCCAAGUUUGUUGCUUACAAUGAUGAUGAUGAUGAGGAGGAGGAUUCCAAUCUAGCAGGUCAGGAUAAGUACUCCAGCACAAGAAAAUCCUAUGGUGACUUUCCUCCUGCCACCCUUAAGCCACAGCAGCCCUCCCGCCAGCCUCGCCCAGUUUCAGAUGGCAUCUUUCUUUCCAACUCAUUCCAGUCAUCUUCUGUCAAUGCCAACAGUACUACUGUCAAAAAAAGCCAGCCCCUGCCCCCAUCAAACAAACCAAGUUUCGUCCAUGCCAGCAGCUCUAAAGGUAGAAACAAUGAAAUAAGUCAUCUCUUCAAAACUGUCCUUGUAUUUUCAACUCCAGGGUUCUAGAUUUAAUCACUUAUUUUGUGAUUUCCCCCUCCCUUAAUCACUAUUUUCACUCUGGUGAUCUACCUUAAAUCUUGAUCUUAAUAUGAAUCCUUCAAUUUUUAAUUAUUUUGAUCUCUCAAAUUUUCUUGCUCUUUACCCAAACUUUUCAAAAGCAAAAAUUCCAUCUUUCAUGUAUGAAUCAGAAAUUAUUUUAACUGCUACUCAAUCAGUUUGAAGUACUGUUGGUUUUGGCUUUCACUCUGUAUCUUUAAGUGAUUUGUUUUGUAUGACUGACUGCUGUUUACUCUGAGCAUCUGGAAGUGCACCUUUCUUGAACACAGGAAAUCUCUCCUAAUGGGUUCAUGGACAGAUCUUAUCUUCUGCUUUGUUGUUGGUACCAGGGUUCUCUCUCUUUUAAUAGUGUGUGCAAAUGGCUUUAAAAUUUGUAUUUGUAGAUGUAGAUCUUAAAUACACAAGCACCAAGGGAAAUACAGGUCUUGCAGUUAGUUUCAUGUAUUAGGCACCAUUCCUGAAUUUCUGGUUUGUACAGUGCAGUUUCCUUGCAGAAAGACAAAAAUCUAAAUUUCAUCUUAGUACUGUUUUACUCCUUCCCUUCUAUACCUCUAUGUUUCUUUGACUCCUCAUCUUGUUGUUGUUGUAUAACUCCAAGCUAACCAUAAUGAAGUUUAAUUUCAGUUAGAGUUCUAGCUGCCAGGAACUUCAGCACCAUAUUUUACCUGCAGAGUACUAGUUGAACUAUACUCUUGAAUUCAAAGCUAAUUCAGUCCAAAGUCUGGGGAUAUUUUUUAAACUGAUGCUGUAUAGGAGUAAUCUUGUAUACUUGACUAUUUGAGUAUGUCUCACUCUGACAAGAUUGCACUUCAUUGAUAUAAUACUUAGUCUUUAAACGGCAGCAUCUGCUGGUACUUCUACAUUUGUUUUCUUCUGUGUUCUUUUGAAGGUGGUGGCCAUGACAUUCUCAUAGUUUAUUCUUUUUACUUACACUGGCAGUUAACAAGUGCCUGACAACCAACUCUAUGUGAUCAAUUAAUCCUUCUAAAAUGAAAAAGGUAGCAAGUCACCUGAGAUCCCAAGGGAAGGUGUUUAUGCUGGCUUCUAGCUGAAUGGCCAGCUUGUUUGCUGGACUCAAGUGGCACAGAUGGAAUCCUGUAGUGUGUUACAUCCCUCAUCACUUUUUUGGCUACCUAACAAAUUAGGAAAUCACUCACUUGCUUUAUUCAGCAGUGUGCCCUGGGCAUUGGGAAGAUAUGAGCCUCCAAAUAGGUUCCAUCUAUUAGAAGCACUUCUAAUCCAGCUGCAAUAAUAUGUGACUCUGAUUUAGGAUAUAUACAAAGCUACUGAACUGCUUGUCCACAUCCUGUUCAGUUGAGGCUCAAGUCAUCAUUUUCCAGCAAUGAAAAUUAGCAUUCUUUCCUUUGCAGGGCUGAUAAGCUUCUGCUACCAUUGAACUGCUUCCAGUGCUGAAGAGAAGCUCUGCACUGUAUUGUGUAGUUUUUAAUAUUACUGAAGGACAGUUUAGCUCAGUUAUAACUACUGUCCCACUGGUGCAGUUGAUGAUCAGUAGUUCCACUGUUUGUGUCAGCACAACACCCAAGUUGCAUAAAAAAAGUAUCUACAGUGAUUCUCCUGUAAAGUCAGGGGAAGCCUGAUAAUUUAUGCUGGUGUUGCAUGUGAGAUCUCAGGAUCUAGUCGUCUCUGUGGUAAUAGCCUCUCUUCUGCAAACCCACUGUCACUCCUCUCUAACUCUGUAAUAGGUUCUGAAUCUUAAAGGAAAGUGAGGGAAGGUUUUAGCUUUUCAGUGUGUUUUCAUUAAACUGGAGUAUAAUUCUGGACGCUACAUGCUGUGUACUACCAUAAUGCUUACUACCAUGCACCUGAAAUCUCUGAUAUACCCACAGCCAAUUUUGUACCAGAAGAGCUUCAGCUUUUGAACACCAGAUAUCACAAAGAAUUAAAAAUAUUCUGAAAUGGCAGGCUUCUGACAUGAAACAUGGGUACUUUAUGCCUGUACUUAAUUUUUUUUCUUUCAAAGGACUUUCUAGGAAUUCUUAUUUGAAAUUGACUGUAAUAAAAAGUAAAAUGUGCCUUCCAUCACAGCAUGUAGGCUUGCAAAAACUGUUGCUUCCCUUCCCUAUUUGGCACUUAGAAGGCUGCACAUGUAAUCAGUUAGGCAACCCUAGAGCCAUCAGUCACUAGUUGUCACCACCACUCUCCCUGCCUCCCAUCAUCCACAACCCAGAAUGCUAUUUAGUAUAUAAUUGCAUUUCUAAUCCUGCUUUCUGUUAAUAUUAAUUGAAAAAUGAAUCUCAGGAAAGUGAAAUGUUCAGUGGUAUUGUUUGUGCACAUUUGUUUUUUGUGGAAAACAAUCAAAGGACAAUUUACAAAGAUUUGGUUAGGGUUUUGGUAACAAUUAAGGAAUAUUGUAGUAUGAUGCUUCGCCUUUAAUAGCCUAAUUCAUAAGCCAUACAACUAAUUAUGAAUACUCUUAUUUCAUAAUUUUUAAAAUAGCCAUGAGAACAGGUUAACUUCACUUGAUUGCUCAAGCUUCUCUGAAGACUGCCUGCGUAACGUACAAAGCCGUUUGCACAAAAUGCAGAAUUCACUGUGCAGUUUGACCAUCUCCCAUCUCGCUGACUCUGUUACAUUCCUGUCCUUUACAGCUCUUUCCUGUUCUGAGUGUUAACUCUAGUGAACCAUGCUUCUGCAAAUUUUGCUCUCGUGCUUUCUUCCACUGGGUCUUUAAAGACCAUUGGGUCUGUCAGCUCACCAAGGAAAAAGUCAACACCCAAAUGAAAAACACUAUCUAAAUGCAAAUGAAACCUUGUGGAUCCAGCCACAAGCUUUUCAAAGUAGGGAAGGCAGUACUUACAGGAAUGUAAGACUCACAACUAAGAGGAAAAAAAAAAUCUUUAUAUGCCUGGCAUACCUAGUAUGAUUUGGUUUGCUGCAAAUUUUUGAUGGAAAAAAUUUGUCCUACAACACAUUAGCUAAAUUGGCUUAUGGGUUCUAGCCUCAAUCAGAAUUACUGAAUAUUUCUGAGAAGUUAGAUGUACCAGUGGAAGAAGCAAACAUCUCCUUUUGUACCAAAGAAGGUUCACAAGACAUAACAUGAACAAUAUUGAGAUCAGAACUGUCUGAAGACAAAUCUGAGUAGUGUGCUACACUUCUUUUUACUCUUUUCAUGACAGUUAUUAAGAGAAUAUGGUCUUAAAUAUAAAUUAAAUUAUUAAGCUUCUGAUUGGAAAUAAAAGGUUUUGUCUUGUGGCCUUUACAAGGAAUUAAUAUAAUGUGUAAAACCUGUGUGUUAUAUCAACUUAAAGGUGCAGUGCUGCAGGACUUGAAAUUUAAAUUCAGAGGCAGGAGGGAGGGGCCAUCUCAGUGAUACAGUUUGUGUAUCAGACUUAACAGCGACUAAAAUUUUGAUUCUGCUGAAUUGCAAAGAAAGAGGAGCUACAGCUAAUUUACUUCCUGUGAAGUUUGUCACAGGAUAAUGAAGAGUGUUGCUCUUCCUGUUGAUCUUCUUGAACAGCUUCUAGUAUCUGCUUUACAAUAAGGCUUAAUAAGAUAAAGACCAUGAUUUGGCAUGUGCUGGACAAUCUGAACAAAAUGGGUUUUGACUCAAAAUUAGGAAUCAAAAAAAUAGCCCAUUUGGAGAGGGUUUGAAUUUAAUAGUACUGGGAUUAAAUAUUCUAGAGAUCACAUGACCUCUGAUUAUUUAUGAUUCUCAUUUGAAUUGUUUCUUGAAAGAAGCACUGCACCUUUUUGAAGGAAUACAGUAUAAAACUUCUGUGUUGUUGCUGCUGUACUUAAACCUACUUCUUU